CCGACCCCGGAUUCGGAAUCGCCGUGGCCGCUGCCCUCGGCCUCGCCCGGGAUUGGCCGAGGAGCUCGCGCUCGCAGUCUUCCCGGGCUCCUCAUUGGCUCCCGGGGGAGAACUUUCUCUUCCUCGACUUGUGACUGGUGGCUUUCUCCCUCGGCUUCCGCGGGUGUGGACUGGCUGCUACCUUCGGCGGCCGGAGCUGCGCGGCUCCUGAUUGGCCUAGAGAGGCGCGCACGCCCCGCGCGAUCCUUCGUCGAACGUGGCAGUGGGGCGGAGUUCCCGGCUUAGGGGCGGGGCUGCGCCUGCGCCUCUGAAACCCCUCGUGUUGCAUUCUGAUUGGACGGCUUGCCCGUAACUGACACCGUUCCCCCCGCACACAUCCGCUCGGCGAGCCGGAAGCUGGGGCAACGCAACUUCCGGAAACCUUCCUCUUCGUUUAAUUGGCUUCCUCUCUUACGAAAGAGCCACCACCACUGGUUUGAGGACUAAUCAUCAAUUUAAUAACUUGGCAGGAAGGAGAGAAACGCCCACGCUCAAUGUACACGUUGGCUGUCCUAACGUCCUCAUUUCACAAACGGUCAGACACAGGAAAAAAGGUGCCUUUAUACCCUCCAGAGUUCGCAUUUUGUUGCUGCCUUGGCUCGUGAGGCCGUGCUCUCUCACCUCCUGUUGGGGCUCCCUCCACUCAGCGAGUUCCUGAAGGUCAAGACCAGGUUCUCCGUGUCUUGCCCCCCGUGCCACUAGAGCAAGGGUCAGCAGAGGGGGUGCACCUGCCCGGAUCCCUGUGUCGUCUGAGCUGGGGCUUUGCUGGGGCUUCGGGCGCAAGGGCUAUGCACACGUGUCUGGCAGCUGCCGCUCAGCCCAGCUUCAGUGGGGCCCUGGCCCUGCAGCUCAAGGGAUGAAUGACAGCUCUUCGUAACUAAUGGCAAGCAAAGUCCCCUUUGCUUUUUCCAACGGGUGGCAGUUGCUUCAUGGCUGCUGCCGUGUCUUCCGACGUUUUUGUGAUUACCAUAACCCUUAUUGUGUAGACCACAAUUUUGGGUCUGAUAUAAGCAAUAUUUGUACCUUGUCUGGAUUUCAGAGGCACUCAUAAAGACCAGUGUUUAGAUGGCUGCAUGUUGCGGCUUUGUUUUUUCCUGCUGUUGGGGACAGAGCAAAGAGAUUUAAGAUACCAUGAUGUUGGUUGAUGAGUAUGUGAUGGUUUGGUGCAGCUUCACCCUGGAGCAUACUGUCUGACAAAAAAUGAGAACUUUGGGAUUGAGGGGAGAACAAACCAGACAAGGGUCUAGCUGCGGCCGUGACCGAGCCUUCUGGUAGCUGAGUCUGUGCUUCCAUGUAGCCAAGGGCAGCUGACACACCUUGAUGCAGGUGAUGACAGUGCAGCCCAGGUGGCAAGGCCAAGUCAUGUCCUGUGAAGAGCAAAGACUAAGCAGGGCUCUGGCCUGGACAGGGCACAGUGUUUGGUAUCUUGGCUGCACUGUGUGCUUCUCAGGGUGCCUGCGCCUCUUGAAUUGGCUUUGUGCCAACCUGUGCAAGAGCAGCAAUGUUGGGGUCCUCCAAGUUGGAAGGAGGCCUGAUUUGGGGAAGGCCCGAGAUCCCCAGUUUCUGUGGGGUUGGUCUCGGAACACAGGCAGGUUCACUGAACACCUCUGCAGGCCUCGGCUUGGAGGGGAGGCCUGGUAUGGAUCUCCUUCCAAGGGUCCCCUCACGUAUCUUCCAGAAGCAGCUCCAGAGAGAGGCCUUGAGGCUGUUCACCCUGUACCCGGGGCCCUGCACUGGAAUGUGCCCUUGUGACAGUGGCUCUGGCACCUCUCAGGACCAGCACAGCAGCUCCAGGGCAUCCUCCAGGUGUCUCUCCUUCUCUGAGAAGCUGCCCAUUAAAUCUCAUUUGAAGUACUGACUGACAUUUUGAUAAAUACUAUUCUCAAAAAUAAGAGUUCUCAGAGUAAAGCUCCCUCCCAGUCUGUGACAGGGUAGGUUUCGAGGGAGUCACCAGCAGGCUCAUGGCAGCCAGGAAGUGCUCGCUGGCCACGUGUAGCCAAGGGGUCGAGGGGUCGGCUCCUGACUGUAGGGUCCCAGUGGGGCAGGACCGCACAGCCAGCACAGCCAGCCCAGUGUGCACUCUGGGACACAGUGAGGAGUGCGGCCUGGGGGCAGGAGGGGGUCCUGAGGUUGGAGUGGAACAGUGCUGGGCAUGGAGAUUGUACUAAGUCACAGGAAUGAGUCGGUCCCAUCAGAGGUCCUGACCUGGCAUCCACUGGCACUUCCUCAAGGAAGAGAGGCCCAUCUGGGAGUAGAUGAGGGGGCAGCUUGGGGAUUCCUGGGGGACACGGGCAGAGGACGGGAGGAGAGAGGACCACAGGCCCUGGCUCCCAGGUUCUGUGUGGAGCCAGGAGGAAAAUCAGGUUAGACUUGGGACCCAAGAGACACGUCAUAUAAGUCCUGCGGGAACCACCCGACAUCGCCCUUCACCCGGGGCGGAGCCAGCACAAAGUCCUCGCUGUUGGCAGGGAGCCUGCACAACGGGGCAGGUAGGGUCCCAGUUCACGUGUCAGGGGCUCAGAGGGCCGGCGGGGAGAGCAGUGCUGACCGCGCAGGGCCGCCCUGGGCCUCCCAGGAAGCAGCCUGGGAAAGAUGGGGCAGCGGGAGGCGGGCUCGGGAGGCAGGCUCCAGCGCUGGGCUGGGGGCGGGCCCGCUCUUUGCCCGCUGCGGCUGCUGCCACUAAGCGGGCAGUGCCACCCGCACGAGUCAGCCAGCAGGGGGCCCCGGCGAGGACCUGGGUUACCAGGCUGCCCCAGCCCCCGCUGCAGGAGCGGAGGGGCAGGCCUCGCGGCCUAGGAGGGCAGCUUCCCAGCCCCCAGUCGGCACACCCUAAGCCACUUCAGGCCACGGAGAGAGGUUUCACAGCGGGCGACACGGCAGAGUCUCUGGAGCUCGGGUGGCUCAUGUGCCUCUCCCCAUCCCGGGCCUGCGCAGUUGCUGGUGCCCUUGGGUGGUCUAGGAGGAGGCAGGUCACCCUGCCCCCACGGCCCUGCGGAGGGGUUUCCCCCCUUGCGGCUCCUGCACCUCUAAACAGUGAGGGUCCCCUAGUCUCCUCCCAUCAACCCCACUCCACCCAUUCUGCCUCGGCUGCUCCCUGCUGCACCCACUUCCCUCCAGCCUCUUGCCCCAGCUGCAGGGAUCCUCCAGUCCCCCUCCCUCUCGCGCAGGCUUCCGGGAUCCAGCCAGGUUCCCCUUCUUUGGGGUUGGGGGACUCCCUCCGCAUAGCCUGUGCUCCAGACCCCCCAGACAGGCCUGCUGCACACCUGCACCUCCCCCUCCCCACUGGCCCAGAACCCCUGCAACACAGGCCCUUUGGGGAGACUCCAGGCUUCCACCUGCCAUGAAGCACUGGCCACAGAAACUGGCAUGAAAGCCGGGCAGCCCGGGUGGAGCAGUGGUUUGGUUUGGCUCAGGGCAUGAUCCUGGAGUCCUGGGAUCGAGUCCCGUAUCCGGCUCCCUGCACGGAGCCUACUUCUCCCUCUGCCUGUCUCUCUCUC